AUGUCCCCUUCUGCUGUUGAUGCCCCGGGCGAGGUGCCGAUCGUUGCGAAGACCACGGCGCAUAAGGAGCCGCUCAAGACUACUGGUGCCCUUGACACGUAUGAACACUUCGACGUCACUCCAACCAUCGGCCGCGAGUUUCCAAAGGCCGAGAUCGUCGACCUCCUCGAUGCUCCGAACUCAGAUGAGCUCCUCAGAGACCUGGCUAUCACCACCUCUGAACGCGGCGUGGUGUUCUUUCGUGCCCAGGACGGCCUGACCAACGAUAUACAGAAGAAGCUGAUCCUUCGUCUCGGCGAGCUGACUGGACGCCCGGCCACCUCUGGCCUCCACAUCCACCCUGUGCUCAACUCGGAGCGAGAAGUGGAGGGCGGCGACGACCUCGAGAUCAGCACCAUAAGCUCGGUCGGGCGUGAGAAGUACUACAAAAGCGUCAAGGCGGAGGUCGACGGCCUGAACACCAAGAAGCAAGACACGUCCCAGUGGCACAGCGACAUCGCGUUCGAGCCAGUUCCCGCCGACUACACCUCGCUGAGGCUGACGCAGCUGCCCAAGACCGGCGGCGACACACUGUGGGCCUCUGGAUACGAGAUCUACGACCGCAUAUCGGAGCCCUACCAAGCAUUCCUCGAGACGCUGACGGCCACGUUCGAACAGCCCUUCUUCAUCGCGGCGGCGAAGCACAACGGGUUCCAGCUCUACGACAAGCCGCGCGGGUCGCCCGAGAAUGUCGGCUCGACCCUCAAGGCGAUCCACCCUGUCGUGCGGACGAACCCGGUGACAGGCUGGAAGAGCGUCUUCCCCGUGGGUGGGCAUGUAAAGCACAUCAACGGGCUGACGAGCGAAGAGAGCAAGCACCUGCUGGACUGGUUCUUGCAGCUCCUACAGCAGAACCACGAUCUGCAGGUCCGGUUCAGGUGGCAGAGCCCGAACGAUAUUGCUAUCUGGGACAACCGGAGCGUGUUCCAUACGGCGACGCUGGACUACGAUGGCCAAGGAGAUCGCUUCGGGAACAGGGCUGUUGGGCUGGGCGAGCGGCCGUAUCUGGAUCCUCAAAGCAAGUCGCGACGUAUCUCGUUGGCUGAAAGAGAGUAA